CAGUGCAGUAAACGGGCGACACAGCAGCAGCCGGGAGACAGGAGAAACAGCAGCAGGAUGGCGCUAAAAAACGAACAGUUGAUGCACCUGAUGAGGAGCGUUUUACUGGUCGUGUUAGUCCUCGUACGAGUUGACAGUUGGGUACCAGAUGCACAGAGCAAGUUGCGCAUCCCAUACGAUGCGACCUGGCCGUGCUUUUUCGGCAACAGCAGCGAUUACUUCAAGCUACUGGAUCAGAACGAACACACGAUUUUGAUUGGUGCGAAGAAUGCGGUAUACAACAUCACCAUCGCUCAGCUUUUAGAGAUACAGUCCCAAAGGAUAACGUGGGCGUCGUCCGACGCCCACCGGGAGUUAUGCACGCUCAAGGGCAAACACGAAGAGGACUGCCAGAACUACAUCCGCGUGUACGCCCGAGAGACCCCGACCCGGAUGAUGAUCUGUGGCACCAACUCGUUCAAACCGCUGUGUCGGUACUACAACAUUCUGCCCGGUAACGGCACGAUCGUGUACGACAACAACGAGCGAGAGGCGCAGGGCCGCUGUCCCUACAACCCGCAACACAACAGCACGUACGUGUACACGGAUGGGCAGCUGUACGCGGCCACGGUUGCUGACUUUUCCGGUGCGGAUGCACUAAUCUACCGGGAACCUCAGCGGACGGAGCAGUUCGAUAGCAAACAGCUGAACCAGCCCGCGUUCGUGAGCGCGAUCGAGUAUAAUGGGUACGUGUUCUUCUUCUACCGCGAGGUCGCGAUGGAGUACAUGAACUGCGGCAAGAGCAUCUACUCGCGCGUGAGCCGCGUGUGCAAGAACGAUAAGGGUGGUCCGUACCCGUUCCAGGACAAGUGGACGUCGUUCCUGAAGGCACGUCUCAACUGCUCCAUCCCCAACGAGUAUCCGUUCUACUUCGACGAGCUACAGGCUACAACGAACGCGAUCAGUGGUACGUACGGUGGAGUGCGCAAUAAGAUCAUCUACGGCAUCAUGACGACACCGGAAAAUGCCAUCGGAGGUUCGGCCGUGUGUGCAUUCUCCGUGGAGGACAUCAUGGAGGUGUUUGAGGGACCGUUCAAGGCACAGCGAGACAUCCACUCCAACUGGCUGCAGGUUCCACCCAGUUCGGUGCCAGAACCACGUCCGGGAAAGUGUGUCGAUGACAGCCGCACUCUGCCGAAGGCGUCAGUGAACUUCGUGAAGACGAACAACCUGAUGGAUAACUCAGUGCGUUCGCUGCACUUGCGGCCGAUAUUCACGCGCGUGAGCCUCUACUACCGCUUAACGGCCAUCGCAGUUGACCCGCAAGUGAAAGCCCUCGACGGUCAGCGACGUGACGUGAUCUUCGUCGGUACGAACGAUGGCAAAGUGAUCAAAUUUGUGAACAUUCUGUCGGCAAACACCUCGGAUGAUGUGCUCACGGUGGUGAUCAGCGAAACGCAGGCAUUCCCGCCCGGCACCAAGAUCAACGAAAUGACCAUCUCGAAGAAGAACUCGGCCCUGAUCGUAAUCAGCGGCGGUAAGAUCGUAUCGCUUCCCCUGCACACGUGUAACGAUCACGGAUUCAAGACCUGUCGCAAGUGCCUGGAACUGCAGGAUCCGUACUGCGCCUGGGACGACUUGAACCGGGAUUGCAAAACCAUCGACAGCGUGCACGCGUCUGGCGCCUCGAUCGAUCAGUUCUACCAGCGGUUGGAUGGAGAGCGCAUUAGCGAGAUCUGCCGGAAGUACGAUCACCAGGAACCGACGGUGCACACGUACGAGGAUAAUGACGUGUACACGCGCGUUGACGGAUCCGGAGCGGUGGAAAAGCCUGAUAAAUCAUUCGACCAACGCAACGUCGUGAUCGUUCACUCGAACCAUGGCACGGUGUCCUCGGUCGGACCAGAGGAUAUUGAUAACGAGAUAUCGAUGUCGUCAGUGGAAGGUGACGAGCUAACGAACCGCAUCAUCAAUACGCAGCAGCAGUACCAUCACAAGUCAGACAUAUUCGUGAAGGAAAACUUAAAGUUCGCCAGUAGCAACUGGUUGAUCAUGGCAGUGGUGAUUGCUAUUACCCUUCCGGUAGGCAUAUUCCUCGGAUUUUUAUGCUCCCGCAAGGGUACAUUCAGCAACGGACUCCCAGGAUGCGAACAUCGCAACCAGCUCGAGUGGAACAGUGGCAAAAGUCUCACCAUUCUGUCACAGAACCGCACGAGCGGGAAAGACGUCAAUCUGCUCAUAAAUAACACGAACCAGUACCAAACGCAACAGCAAGCGAUCGUGCAGCAGCUACAGCAGCAUCAUCAAAACAACUGCAAAGAUAACAUCGACUUCGAUUACAAGGAUCGCAGCGUAGAGUGUAAGAACUCGACGGAGAACCUCGAGAAGGACAUCAGCAAAGGCAUGGGCACAUUGCAGAAGACGCGCCACUUGAAGACGUUUAAACCGUAG